AUGAAGUCCAUUCUUUUGGCGGUCGCUUGUUUAGCAGUCGUAGUUAGGAGUCAGCCGUUAUUCGGUUUAGAAGGUUUGGGAGAACUUGCGAGAGUCGGAACCGACGUGGGGUCACGGAUAGGGUCAUCUCUUGGUAAUGCAGCUGACUUAGGUAUGGAAGCUGCAGCAGAUCUCGGAGCCGGAGCGCUAUCAUUGGGAACAGGGGCCAUUGAAGCUGGUGCGGGGGCAUUUGGAGCGGGUGCAAGAGCAAUAGGACAGGGCGCGAAUAUAGCUAAUGGCAUCGGUAGAAGAAUUGGCAGCACUGGCUUAGGAAUGGUUGGUCUAGGAGGAGGUCAAGAAGCCGCCAGAAAUUCUGAAAGAGCGUCAAGCUCCGGUGCAAAUCAGUACAACAGAGGAGCUAGUGGUGCUGACAGUCAAGGAUACCGAAACAAAGGUGACAAGGAAUUCCAUGACCGGGGACACCACCACAGCAGCGUAAACAAGGUUGAACAAGCUGUGAGCAGUGAUGACCACGAUGUUGGUGGUCACCAGGCUUACGACGAGGGUUCACAGAAAUCUGGUGAAUUCAAUAAAUAUGGAAGCGGUGCAAGCAAGGCCGCUAAUGACGUGGCAAGAGCUGCACAACAAGAAGUGGAGAGUGCUAUCUAA